AUGGCUGAAAGAGACCCCAAGGAGGGUGAUGGACCCUUAAUCCACAGUUCUGGUGAGUUCAACGAGUUUAGUGUCUUCAGUAAGACUUUGUGGGGCAAAACACUUUCAGUGCCAAUGUCUCUGGAGGACUCUGUGGAGCUUACAGUCAAGAUGAACGAGAGCGAUGACAAGCUGAAGCCGAACCCAGACCCACUACUGCAGGGAAAUUGCUGCAGCUGCAUCAGAGAGGGUCUUCCACAAGUGGUGCCAGAGAUAAUCCGAGAGGCUUUGAAGCACUGCAUCACAUAUCAAGCUCACCUCCCUGGUGCAGGCAUCUUCCAGUGCUCCAUGACAGGCCUUGGCUUUAAGGUGAAUUCAGCAGUGACCAUCACCUAAAGAUAUGCCACCUGGAGCAGACACCUCAGCAAGGCCGAUGAGGAAAUGUGGGCUCCUGCUGGACCCCUCUUCAACAUCAAGGUGCAGCCCAUGGUAGUGCUGGAGGUGCAUCUGCCCCACUUCAUCUGCCUCACAGGCGUAGACACCAGCCAAUGUUCCAUUGCCCAUUUUAAAUCUAAGAAUAUGAUCCUGAAGAGACCAACCAGGGUGGUUACAUUCUCUGCUGUCCUGAGGAAUCCCAGCUUCUCACUGCUUGGGGUGCUUUGGAGGAAGUUACAUUCGACCUUAAAUUCAUUUCCUAUGCAUUCUUUGGUGCUGAUCUAUCAGCAGCUCAGGGCUGCAAACACAACUUUUCACCUCUACCUGAUCCCAGAUGACAAAUCUGUGAAGCAGGCCAUAGAAAACCAAGAAAAGAACUGGAAUUCAAGGCUUAUUCUCAAGCCUCCUCCAUUCAGCCCUCUGUUCUUUGGCUGCAUUUACCGGGUUACCAGUACAGAUUUGGUGGUGAUAACACCUGAAGCACACUUGCCAUUUUGUUACAAGAGUCCUAAGGAACAGCAGCUCUUUGUUGAGAUCUACAUCAACAACAUGGAAGAGGAAAUUGGGCUCCUUAUGACAAACACACGUGAUAAUACUGAGGUCUGAAGGGCAUCGUUGAGACCAGGUGAUAUUAAUCCUCCUGCCUCUGCCUUUAUGAACAUGUCAGGUGAAGCAUUCUUGAAGAAGCACAAGGCCAAACUUUGCUCCAGGAUGAGGCAGCUCACCAUUCUGCUGCACUUGAGGAAUGCAAAUGUCAUCAAUAGUGAUGAAGAAGAGGAGCUGCGAAGUCAAAAUAAGAGUGUAACAAGGAACCUAAUUUGGCUGGAUCUAAUUGAGAAGAAGGGUCUGGAGGCCCAGGAACAGCUCUACCAGACCCUCCGUUUGAAAGACCCAUAUCUUAUUGCAGAUCUGGAGAAUUCCAGCUAG